CUAAAGUAGUCUUUUUUCCUGAUUUUUAAAAUAUGUUUAAUAUGUUCCAAAAAAUUAUAUUCACUUGCCCCCGAUGUCGAGGUCUGUUGCCACCACAUAUUGCAAACAGCUUCUUCAAACGAGUGAAUUAUGUUGUCAGUAACAUUCUGCAUCGAAAUAUACAGAACAGAUCACAGACAAAGCUGCCAUAUGAUUUGUCUGAGUUUCCUGUGGAGAAAAUCCGUAACUUCAGCAUAAUUGCCCAUGUUGACCAUGGAAAGAGCACUCUGGCUGACCGCCUUCUUGAACUAACAGGUGUAAUUCCAAAGACGAAUGACAAUCAGCAGGUUCUGGAUCGCCUGCAAGUGGAGCGAGAGCGUGGAAUCACUGUCAAGGCCCAGACAGUGUCUUUGUUUUAUGAACAUCAUGGUCAAACAUAUUUACUAAACCUCAUAGACACACCUGGUCAUGUUGACUUCAAUUAUGAAGUAGCUCGGUCACUUUCAGCUUGCCAAGGUGUUAUUCUCCUGGUGGAUGCAAAUCAGGGAGUGCAGGCACAGACGGUGGCAAACUUCUACCUAGCAUUUGAGUCUGAACUUACAGUGAUUCCUGUCCUCAACAAGAUUGACCUGAAGCUUGCAAAACCUGAUGAAGUCUUGGUGCAGAUGAAGAAUGUCUUUGAUAUUUCACCUCAAGAAGUCCUCAAGAUAUCAGCAAAACAUGGAACAGGUGUAGAAGACAUUCUGAAGGCGGUCAUUGACAAAAUUCCCCCGCCGACAUCUGAUGUGUCUAAGCCACUGAAAGCUCUACUGUUUGACUCAUGGUUUGACCAGUAUAAAGGAGUCAUAAUUCACAUGGUUGUGAUUGAUGGAUUGCUCAAAAAAGGUGACAAGAUUGCCUCAGCCUCCAGCCACAAAGUGUAUGAAGUUCAUGAUGUUGGGGUGAUGCAUCCUCUGGAGGUCUCUACUAACACACUAUAUGCAGGUCAAGUUGGCUAUGUGAUAACUAACAUGCGAAACACUAACGAGGCGCAGGUAGGAGACACAUUCUACCAUGAAAACAUCCCUGUGGAAGCACUGCCUGAAUUUAAGUCUGCAAAGCCAAUGGUGUUUGCUGGCAUCUUCCCUUCAGAUCAGUCUGAGUACAAUUCACUACGCAGUGCCAUUCAGAAGCUCACCUUGACUGAUGCCAGUGUCUCCAUACAUAGCGACAGCAGCCCAGCUCUUGGUCAGGGAUGGCGACUUGGAUUUCUUGGUCUCUUACACAUGGAGGUAUUUAACCAAAGGCUUGAACAGGAACACAAUGCAUCUGUUAUUGUUACAUCUCCGAAUGUCCCUUAUAAGGUAAAAAUACAUGGUGCAAAAAAUAUAAAGAAAUAUGGUGCAGAAGAAAUUAUGGUAUUGAACCCUUGCAAUCUUCCAGAUAAGAGCAUAAUUGCAGAUUUCCAAGAACCUGUUGUUAUGGGAACCAUAAUUAUGCCAGAUGAUUAUCUUGGAAAUGUCACCAAUCUAAUUUUGGACAGAAGAGGACUUCUUUAUGACCAGACAUAUAUUGAUGACAAAAGAAUCAUGGUAAAGGCCAAGUUUCCACUCAGUGAAAUUCUUAUUGACUUCUUUGAUGAACUCAAGUCUAUGACCUCUGGUUAUGCAAGCUUUGAUUAUGAAGAUCUAGGUUUUGAAUCUUCCAGUCUCAUUAAGGUGAACUUCCUACUGAAUGGAAGCCCCGUUGAUGAACUGAGUCUUAUCUGCCACACCAGCAAAGCAAGGAGUUUAGCGAAACAUGUAUGUGCCAAGCUGAAGGAUAUCAUACCACGGCAACUUUUCCUCAUUACACUGCAAGGCGCUGUAGGAUCCAAGAUAUUAUCUAGGGAAGAUAUCCGGCCAUUACGGAAAGAUGUGCUUGCCAAAUGUUAUGGUGGUGAUGUGACUCGUAAAAUGAAAUUGCUGAAAAGGCAAGCUGAAGGCAAGAAGAAAAUGAGAAAAAUUGGAAAUGUAGAAAUUCCAAGAGAUGCAUUUAUUAAAGCACUGAAGAGAUGAUCAGACACUUUCGUUAGAUGAAGUUGCUUCAGGGAAAUAACAGACAGCAAGAUAUUCUGAUGUGUGUGAAAGAAUGCAGUAAAUACUACAUUAUAGGCUUCGAUUAGGAAUUGGCAAUAUAAAUGGCCAUAAACUCACAAUGUAUUGAAGAUUCUAAAUAUAUCCACAUAUUUUGCCACCUUUACAUCAUCUUAUUUUGUGAUUCCCCCACAGGUACACUGGCUCCCAUUUUUAUAGGCAUCCCAAAUUUAGAGUUUCAACCAAACUUCCCAAAUUAUGUGGCUGCAAUGAAACUCUACUCCAAUUUAUAGUGAUUACAACUAACAGUCUUGGUUGUUUUUUCAUAUACUUACCUUAGCUGGACACCCAGCAGCUGUUUUAUAUACUGCGGUGUCAUCAUAUAUUCAUUCACUUAUUGUUUGAUAGUGUAACUCAUUCAGUCUACUCAAAUACAUAGGCUUAUGGGCUUCCAUUUUUGUAAAGAGCAGGCUGGUUUUCGCCCAAAUUCAAUGAAAAUCUCAAAAUCUGGAUAGCAUUUAUUUAUAUAAGCAUUACUCCCAAACAGCUAUAUAGGGUUUCAAACAAAUCACUAUGCAUUUUCCCAUGGAUUACAACUAAUUAUGCAUGUAGAAUGAUGAAAUAGAUAGUAAAAAGGUCUCAAGUUAGCAUAUUUUGCCCGAAUCUGACAUAAACCCAAUAAUACCAUGAUCUUUCACUCGGCCAGACAAAAUACCAUUGGAAGAAUAAUGCCAACAAUAGUACAUUUGGUAUAAUUAUGCUGAAUUACGAAUCAUUUGGCCUGUAAGAAUGAUAUUUGAAGUAGAUUUAAAGUUAUUUAGUGUGUGUGAGCAGGCUCAACUUAAAGUUUUAUAUUUGGAUGGCAUCAAAUGUGAUUUCCUAGCAUCUGAAGAACACAGAAGCAGUGUUUUACAUCAGUUUUUGAUUCUUUUAAAGCUUUUGUUUGGUUGGGGAUUUUUUUAUAUAUAUAUAUAUAUAUAUAUAUAUAUACUCAACAACGAAAGUUUAGCUAAUGUUAAAAAAAUGGCAUAACAUUUAUAAAUUAACCUAUUUUCAUUAAUUAGUAU